AAGAUGAAUUACAAUUACAGCUGUGACUGUAAAAUCAAGAACUUUUCUAGUUUUGAUUGUUAUGAAAUACAUCUUUGUCAAAAAUCUGGCUGCCAUAAGAAAAUAGAUCGUUUUGAACCAUCACAGAACAUUCAGCUGACACCCCCGGAUAAAGCUGAGGUCCAGAAAGCACCAGAAACGUUCAACAUCACUUGGAAAAGUGGGUAUGAAGAUCAUAAGUUCUUCUCCGGAAAACUUAAAUACCAGCUAUUACUUCAAACAUCGCAAAGACCUGAGCAAAAUCUUAAUCGCGAUGAGAAGUGGCUAUCGAUUGAAAGAUCAAAUCUCAAACCAGGUGCUACAGCUUGUAUUAAAGUGAGAUCUAAACCUAUUCUAGAUGAAUAUAAUGGAAAAUGGAGUAAAUGGAGUCCACUGACAUGCUGGAAAAAUGAGGCAGGUGAAGCUUUCUCAGAACAAGAAAAUAUAUUAGUCAUUUUGACUAAAUCACUGGGCCCAGUGUGUGUGGCUGUUGGACUCCUGCUGUUUGUAUUGUGCAGUCCCACUGCAAGAAUGAAGAUAAAAACUUUGUCCCACACACCAUCGCCAGCCCCUUUCUUCCAACCUCUGUUUCACCAGCAUGAAGGCAAUCUCCAGGAAUGGGUUUCACCUCAAGGCAAAUUUUUGCUAACAUACAAAACUGAGGAGAUCUUGACAACCGAUGCUAUGAUUGUUGUGACGAAACCCAUUACAAAGGACCCAGAGGAGAACCAGGACUUCCACAACCCUUCAGUACCACAACUGGCAUUUCCUCAGUGUCAAACCUCUUAUGUUGGCUUACCCAGGAUAGGUGAGGCCUCCCCGCCCUUAACUAUGGUCUGUCCAGGGAACACCUCUUACACUCAGCUCCCUUGCUCUGUCUGGGAGGUUGGCAUUGGAGAAGUAGAGGUUGUCUUCUCUCCACCUAAAGAUUUCUUCAACAUCAGCCAAGCAGACUCUGGCUGCAGUUGUGAUGACAUGACUCAAAGCCCGGAGUGCAGUUUACCAAACAGUCCUGUUGAUGAUAGUCCACCACCAUGUUACUGUAAUGAUUACUGCAUUCUCAACAAAACAGCAGAAGGUUUUGCUCCAGUUUUAGUGUCCAAAGGAGGUGGCCCAGAUGUUCCAUCUGAUUCCAUGCAAGAGGAUAAGAGCUAAAAAUAAGAAAUAGUCAUGUCAGCUGGUUAGAAGAAAGCAACUGGUGACACUGACCACA